AUGCUGCUGCUGCAGCAGCUGCAGCAGCAGCCAGCGCUCAACUUGCUGCUGCUGCUGUCAUAUGAUGGCAGCAAUUUCUCAGGGUGGAAAGACACCCGACCUGUUAUUUCUCGCUGCAUCAGCAGCAGCAGCAGCAGCAAGAGCAGCAGCAGCAGCGGCAGGAAAAGCAGGGCUGCUGCCAGGCGUGGAAAGGGACUGCAGCAGCAGCAGCAGCAGCAGCAGCAGCAGCAGGUGCUGCGAGAAGCAGCAGCACGAGCUUUUGCUGCGUUCGCUACCAACCAGCUCCACCGCUGGCCGCAGCAGCAGCAGCAGCAAGAACAGCAGCAGCAGCAGCAGCAGCACGAAAAGCAGCACGGGAAGCAAGUGCAGCGGCAGCAGGAAUUGCAGCAGCAGCAGCACGCAGAACAGUACGAAGAACAACUGCAGCAGCAGCAGCAGCAACAAGAGCAGGAGCAGCAGCACGGAGGAGACCACAACGAGCAAGUGCAACAGCAGCAGCAGCAGCAACAGCAGCAGCAAGAGCAGCAGCAGAAGGAAGCAAAGCGGCAGCAGCGGGUCGAUCGCUUUGCAGCUUUUGCUGCUGCUAUCAGAAUACGAGCAGCCAGCCGUACAGACACUGGAGUCCAUGCAGCAGGCGCUUUGUGUCAGGUCGCCUCUCCCCUUAUUCCCUAUUGGCAUCACUUGCUGCAGCAACAGCAGCAACGGCGAAAGCAGCAGCAGCAGCAGCAGGAACAGCAGCAGCAGCAGGAAGGGCUACAGCCUGAGGAGCAGCCACAGCAGCAAGAGUGGCAACGGCAGCUAGACCAGCAGCAGCAGCAGCAGCAGCAGCAGGCGGUGUUGCCUCCAGCGGUGCUGCAGCAGCUGCAGCAGCAGCUAAACGCCCUGCUGCCGCCAGAUGUGCGGGUUCGGCGUGUCGCGGAUUUGCAGCAGCUGCAGCACUUGGAGCUGCCGCCGCAGCAGCAGGAACAGCAACAGCAGCAGCAGCAGCAACAGCAGCAACAGCAGCAGCACAGCGGUUGUGAGCCAUUAACAGGAAACCAAGAGGCUUCCGCAGCAACACCGGCUGCUGCAGCUAGUCUCAUGCAGGAGCGACAGCAGCAGGAGCAACGGCAGCAGCAACAGCAGCAGCAACAGCAGCAACAACAGCAGCAGCAGCAGCAGCAACAGCAGCCGUUACUGCUGCCUCGACUGGUGGUUGGCAAAACGUACAUAUACACCCUCUCGCUGCAGCAGCAGCAGCACCCGCUGCUGCGCAGCAGCAGCUGGGCUCUGCUGCAGGACUCUAGGGUGCUCAAGUGCAGCAGGCGAGCAGCAGCAGCAGCAGCAGCUGGCGAUCCUGCUGCGGAGACUUGUGCUGCUGCUGAUGCUGCUGCAGCAGCAAGCGGAAGCCAGCAGCAGCAGUUGCUGCAGCAGUUCUGCAUGGGGUGUAUUCGCGCUGCUGCUGCACUUGUUGAGGGAUGCCACAACUUCAGCCACUUUCGCUCGAAGCACCGGGGAUCGUCUCCUCCACCAUCUCCCUUUUGCUGCGUCGAGUCUGCUGCUGUCUCUCCUGUCUCUUUUCAUCCCUGGCCAGUUCCUUGCGGUAAGCAGCACCAGCAGCAGCAGCACCAGCAGCAGCACCAGCACCAGCAGUGGCAGCAGCAGCAGCAGUAG